AGGGCCCGACGGCGCGGCCGUAGCCAUGGCAACCGCGCAGGGGAGGCCCGGGUGGAGCGGAGCGGGCCAGGCGCGGGCCGCCGCCUGAGUGAGCUUUGCCGUUGCUGAGGACGUCUCUGAUAAAGCUGACCACGCUUCAGCCAGUACCAAGAACUGUAAUGACUUACGUUGCAAAGAAGUGCGGCGUCUGCUUUCAGCCUCCAUCCAUUAUCCUGAUCUACAAAGACGAUGGCAAGGAUAAGACUCGCCAGCGCAUCAUGCCUAUCAGAAACUUCUCCAAGUUCUCAGACUGCUGCAUGGCUGCCGAGCAGCUGAAGAAUAACCCUCGUCACAAGGCAUACCUAGAAGGAGUCUCGCUGCAUCAGCUACAGAAGCUGUACAGUUUGUUGAAAGGGUAUUUGGGAGGAGAGAGCCUGGCUGAGAGCUUGGAAAAGUUUCGGCAGGAAGAGACCAUUGACCCAGAAGAGGAUAUGAACAAACUAGAUGACAAGGAACUAGCCAAAAGGAAGAGCAUCAUGGAUGAGCUCUUCGAAAAGAACAGGAAGAAGAAGGAUGACCCAGAUUUCAUCUACGACAUUGAGGUUGAGUUUCCACAGGAUGAGCAGCUGGAGUCCUGUGGCUGGGAUGCAGAGUCAGGUGAAGAAAUCUGAUUCCAGACAAAGAUGCCUUGGAUGGGCAGUCCAGAGACAGACCUCGCAGUCCUAACAGAGAGAGCGAUGUCUGCGUACGUAUUCUACCGCAUUGUUUUCAGCUCAUGCAAUUGAUGCACAUUACAUUGGCUAUGGAGAACCCAAGGCCCAAAGUGCUACAGCAAUUCCAGGUUUAAGUGAACUUUGUUUAAGAAGCCAGACUGGAUGAAAUGGAAAUCAGGCAGCUGAACUUACUGGGUAUUUUUAGCUUUUUCCUAUGUAUGAGUGCCUAAAAUAAUUUUAAAUUAUUUAAUCUGUCAUUUGUUUACAUUUCAGUCAGCUUUGGCUGAAAACCUCACCAGCUUCCCUUGCUGUGAUUUCUGUUCAGCUUUGUCUGAAAAUGAAGUGUUAAAUAUUUAUGUCUUGAAAGCUU